AUGAGUCGGUUGGGACAGUUACAUCACUUCCGGCUCAUGAUGAAGAAAAAACAAACGGCUGCCACUGCUGAACUGGAAUCCCAAUUAAAUGAUGCCAAGACCCGGCUGGCGACUCAGGAAACUGAGACCCGGAAGGCUGAGUCGAAAUUCCAAUUUAGUGUGGCUGAGUCAGAAAAACUGAAGACCGGCUAUGAAGCAGAGAAAAAGACUUGGGCGGAUGAAAAGACGGCUUUGACCCAACGUGCUGAGAAGGCCGAGGCAACGCUUCAAGAAGUAACCACUGAGCUUUCCGGUUUAAAAAACCGUGUGAAUCAGAUGGUUUCAGCUAUCUUUGGUCCCAGGAGCAGCAAUCUCAAUCAAGACAUGCUGAUGAAACUGAAAGCUGUCUACACACUUGUUGAGAAGCUGUACACCGGGACUCAACGCACAUUAGCCGCUAUUUCACCAACAGGUCAAGUACCAACUUUGUUGAUAGAUGUUUUGAAGAAACUCUCUGUGCUGCCUAUAAGACUUGAAGAGAUAAAGCGAUCAGCUGCCAGAGCCGGCGCUGUGACGGCUUUAAGCUGGUCCAAGGCAUGGGUACCAGAGCUUGACCCGUCUUAGGUAGCUAUUGGUUACCCAAGCUUGAAAGAAGAUGGUACACCUUUCGAUCAGAAAGAUUUCUCAGCCUGUGUAAGGGAAAUUCGUCCAAUGGCCACUCUUAUUGCGAAUGACUCGGACCUGUCCAAGUAUCACCCGACUUAUGAUCAGGAGAAUAAGAAGAUGCCCACACCGGCUUACAAAGUGAUGGACUUGAUUCCGCCAAUCCGUAAGCACACCUUUGCUCCUAAAGUCGAUCCGUCUGAGCUUAUAGAUGAUGAAGCUGAAUUUGAAGCUUUAUCUGGCAUCGAUUGGUCAUCACCAACUUUUCAGCCUGCGGAAGAAGACGAAGAGCCGGCAAAGGAUGACGCAGAAGACUCUGAGCGGCAAGGCCAAGAAGAUUGAACCGCCGGGCGGCUCUAAACGUGAGCUUUUGAAA